GUGCCCUCGAACGGGAAGAUCUCACUCAUUCAGCCCCCAGUGACCACCCGGCGGAUAGGAGGACGAAUGUUCUCCGGAAGAGAGCGGGAAAAGGUGGUAUAGUGUGUAGUAGGUGGCCUCUGUAGGUUGGCUGUAGUGCUCGUUGGACGGCGGCUGUUUGUCGUCACACGACGAGCAGCUGCCACGUCAUUUCGGCCACGUGGGAUCUGCCACGUGAGCUCAGGUCAGCUCAGCUCGGUUGAGACCGGGGGGGAGGAGAGAGAGAGAGAGAGAGAGAGAGAGAGAGAGAGAGAGAGAGAGAGAGAGUUUAGGUGACAAUGGCAGCACAGGCGUCCCUGGCCGCGGUGAAUGGCGCCGCAGCAGCCACGGCAUUGAGCUCAUCGGCGACUUCUUCGUCUCUAUCAACUGUCAAAGGGCGGGAAUUUUUAGCCCCCGUCAAGGUGCAUGGCAAUGGCGGGACAUGUGCGAGCCUACGCUCGUCGCUGUUCGGCGGAAAGCAGGCGCUGGACGCUGCGGCCGCUUCCUCCACGAGCAAAUUUGGCUGGAAAUUUCCACGGCGAUAUGGCGGGAGAAAGCAGCCAUGCCCUGUGUGUUCCGUCGCGGAGCCCGGCGCGCGAGUUAGACCGACCAUUGAGGAGUCUGAAGCGGCGGUAGUGGCGGGAAACCCGCCGCCGGCCCCACCCUCGCCAGCGACACCCGCUGCCCCCGUAGGCACGCCCACGGUCACCCCUUUGCACCUGCCUUCACGGCCAAGACGAAAUCGAAGGAGUGAUGCGUUGAGAUCUGCUUUCCAGGAGACCACACUGUCGCCUAGCAAUUUCAUCCUUCCCUUGUUCAUCCAUGAAGUCGUUGCCCCUCUCAUUAACGGAAUGGGAGAAGGGAGAAGGUGGAAGAAGGGAGAAGAAGGGAGAAGAAGGGAGAAGAAGAGGGAAAAGGACAACGUGGAUAUGAAGUUUAUGUCCCUAACGGAAGCAAUCCUUGCCUCUCUAAGUAACGGAAAGGAAGAACUUUUAAGGGGGAAGAUGGGAGAAGAAGUGGAGAAGAAGGGAGAAGAAGAGGAAAAGGACAAGCUGGGGAUGGAGUUUAUGGCCUUAACGGAAGCGGUGCGGAAGGCGAGAGAUGUAGGUGUGAACAGCGUGGUGCUUUUCCCGAAGGUGCCAGAUGCCCUCAAGUCCCCAACUGGUGACGAGGCGUACAACCCGAAUGGUCUGGUUCCACGAGCAAUACGUCUUCUGAAGGACACCUUCCCUGACCUGUGCAUCUACACCGAUGUGGCAUUGGAUCCCUAUUCUUCAGAUGGCCACGAUGGCAUCCUAGCACUGAUGUCGAUGGAACAAGACACCGGGGCACUGCCACGACGCAGUGCCAGGCUUGCAGGGUGUGCCCACUCUGUGAUACCUCUCCGACGCAGGACUCAGCGACUCAAUAGCAGGACGACUCCAGCGGCAUCGAGUACAGCAUUGAUGGUACUGGGUACCACCGGAGUUCUUCCCGCAUGCCCGGUCCAAGGGGCCGGUGAGCCGUUGGCAGAUUACCUUCAGCGGGUACACGCAUUCACCGAUGCCGUAGCAACCGCAAAGGCACAGGAGGAAGCAGAGGCGGAACGUCAACGGCUGGCCAAAGAGGCGGCAGCCCAAGCUCAGCAGACUGCUGAGGAUGACGCAGCAGCACGGGACCAACGGAAUGCCGCCAGCACGGAAUCCCUGAUUCAUAAUGAGAAUCAGUGGACAACGAUCCUCGAGGGCAUGAUCUUUGUGCCUUCGGAAGAGCAGGCAGAUCCGACACCGGCGGAGGCAGAGAGGACUCACCUGGCUAACGUGAUGUUGACAAUGAUGCGAGCGAUCAUGUGGAACAAUACGAUGUUAGCGGUACAAAUACACGAAGGCAGACAGCUGCAACAGAUGCAGCAGAAGGAUUUUGCAGCCUUGUCAGCAGCUGUUCGCACUACCGCCACACAUCAGCAACAACAGCAACAGCUGUGGAACACCACCACUGCACGCGUCAGCAGCAUCGAGGCUAAGGCCGCAGCAGCGCCAGGCUGCACUACAGACGAGACGAAGCAACUCAACGGGCGCAUCGAUCACGUCGUCAAGCUCAUCGGUGACAUAGGUGUUUUCAAUGGGCCGGACACGAUCAGUAGCACAGUAGCCGCCAUCAAGACGGACAUCACCAAGCUACAGACGAGACCGGACGCCGCGAUGAAGAGUUACAAGAUGCCACACUACGACAUCAGCAAGUUCGACGACCACAACAAGACGGACGCCUUGGCAUGGUGGCAACGUUUCCUUAUGGAAGCAUCUUGCCGCACUGUCUUGGCCCGCGCAGGUCUUGGCCCGCGCGUUCGAAGGAAGACGCAACCCACGCAAGUUACACUCGCGGACGGCCGCAUGCAAAAGUCAAUUGACCGAUGCGUCGACGACGUUCCGGUAUACUUUGCGCCACUUGCGUGCGAGCCGGUGUCUUUUGACAUCCUCGACACCAAGUUCGACAUGAUUCUAGGCAUGUCUUGGUUGCGUAGCGCCGAUCAUCUGGUGAACUUCCAUGACCGAACCGUUCACAUCCGUGAUCGGAACGGAGUGUUAGUCCCAUGUACGGUCGCGACCCCUCACACUUCGAUUGCUUGUCACGUGGUUUCCGUUGUGAGAAUUCACGACGCCAUAGCUCGGAAUGACGUCGAGGAGAUGGACCUUGUAUUGUUGCAUGCUCUUCCCUCGCCGGGCGGACCAGCCGCGUCACCGCCGGACCCACGCAUUUCUCACCUCUUGGACGAGUAUAAAGACGUCUUUGAGGCUCCCACCGGAACGGUUUCGGAUCGGCCCAUACGUCACGGGAUCACUCUCGAGGCUGGCGCCGUCCCUCCGCGUGGAUGUAUCUACCGCAUGAGCGAAGAGGAACUCGAGGAGCUUCGCGCACAACUCGAUGACCUUCUCGACAAGGGCUGGAUUCGCCCUAGUGCUGACGUCGUCAGUCCAAGUGAUAUGAUGGAUGGUCGCGUUGGAGCUAUUCGAACUGCUCUGGACCGAGAAGGUUACACAGACGUAGCGAUCAUGUCUUACACUGCAAAAUAUGCUAGUGCCUUCUAUGGACCUUUCCGAGAAGCUCUUGAUUCCAACCCGCGCUUUGGAGACAAGAAGACCUACCAGAUGAAUCCAGGGAACUACAGAGAGGCAUUGAUCGAGACGAAGGCUGAUGAAAAGGAGGGCGCUGACAUCCUGAUGGUUAAGCCAGCUAUGCCUUAUUUGGAUGUCAUCCGGCUUCUACGUGAUACAUCGCCCCUGCCCAUCUCAGCAUACCAGGUAAGUGGAGAAUAUUCUAUGCUGAAGGCAGCUUCCGCUGCUGGCAUGCUCGAUGAGAAGAAGGCUGCGAUGGAGGCUCUUCUGUGCAUCAGACGUGCAGGAGCGGAUGUCAUUUUGACGUAUUAUGCCCACCAGGAGGAGGUACAGGAGGAGGAGAAGCGGGAGGAGCGGGAGAAGGAGCGGGAGGAGAGGCGGGAAUGGGGGGAAGAGCAGGAAAAGCACCGGGAGAAGGAGGAGGAGGAGGAGCAGGAGGAGCAGGAGCAGCAGCAGGAGGGGGAGCGGGAGAAGGAGAGGGAGGGGGAGCGGGAGAAGGAGCGGGAGCGGGAGGACAAGUGGCAGAAGGCGCGGGAGCGGGAGGAGCGGGAGGAGCGGGAGGACAAGUGGGAGAAGGCGCGCGAGCGGGAGGAGGAGCGGGAGGAGCGGGAGGAGAAUGAAGUUGUGGUGGAAGAGCAGCGGGAGGUCAGUCUCUCUCUCUCUGUGGAUAGCCACGUGGUGGGCCUUCUUUUUUCCGUAGGAGAUGGCUAUGGCGGGAUCUUUGUCACAUUGUUUGGCGGAGGAGCGGGAGGAGCGGGAGGAGCGGGAGGAGCGGUAGAAGGAGCAGGAGAAGGAGUGGAAGGAGUGGGAGAAGGAGGAGUGGGAGGAGGAGCUGGAGAAGGAGCGGGAGGGGAAACGGGAAGGGGCAGAGGAGGAGAGGAGGAGCGGGAGCAGCGGGAGAAGGAGCGGGAGAAGUGGGAGAAGGAGAGGGAGGAGGAGCAGGAGGAAGAGCGGGAGGUGGAUCCGGAGAAGGAGCGGGAGGGGAAAUGGGAAGGGGUGGAGGAGGCGUGGGAGAAGGAGCGGGAGGAGGAGAAGGAGGGAAACGGGGAGAAGGCUAGGAGCGGGAGGAGGAGCAGGACGAGAAAUGGGGAGUGGCGGGAGGACGAGCGGGAGGAGCGGGAGAAGGAGGAGCGAGAGGCAGAGAGGGAGGCGGAGCUGGAGAAAAAGUGGGAUGGAAGUGAGGGAGGCAGAGCUGGAGAAGGAGUGGGAGCGGAAACGGGAAGGGGCGGAGGAGGCAUGGGAGGAGCAGCGGGAGGAGUGGGAGGAGGAGCGGGAGGAGGAGCAGGAGGGGAAACGGGGAGGAGGUUAGGAGUGGGAGUAGGCGUGGGAGUGGAAAUGGGAAGGUGCGGAGGAGGCGCAGGAGGAGUGGGAGGAGAAACCGAGAGGGGGUUAACGAACGUGCGGGAGGCGGUCAAAGAUAUGUUUGCUGGCCUUCUAGCGAGGAGAUAUGCGAGUGGUCCGCCAGACACCAUGACAUGGACAGCAUCAACAGCAGCAACAUCAUCAACAACAUCAUUAAUAACAUCAAUAUCAACAACACCGACACCGACCGCACCAACAGAGGCCGUUACGGCCAUAUUGCCAAUUACAACAACCAUAAUAAUAACACCACUAUCCAUAGCAGCGACAUCAUCGAGUAUUCCAGGUUGUGUUCAGCAACGGAAGCCGAUUGAGCAGGGUCAUGAUGCAUGGGGGUUGGAAGAGGGGUUGCCCCCUUAUGUGGAAUUCGUGAAUCUUCCACGAUCGGAUGCGCUGAUGCGGCGCGGCUAUAAGGCCCUUGAGGAGGGGCAGGGGCUUUGUGGCGAGUUCGAGGACCGACUUCAUGAUGACGAUGACGACGAUACCGCUGACGGCCUUCAGGACAGCAGCAUCACCGUUGGAGAACCGGCCAGGAUCGAUGACGACAACAACGAUACGGCCCAGAUAGGAGCAGAAGCCUCUCCUUCUUGUGACGCAGUAAGAGCUUUUGGCUUAACCUCUGAUUAUGAGGAUUGUGGGGGGAUAUGGCGAUUUCCGAAUGACCUGUGAGAGUAACUUCGUGACGACCUCGUAAUUAGCCAUAAUAGCUGAUUUAACUUCCUAUUCCGACUACCUCUCCCUUUCAUGGUGCUGCGAACGUUUUGUUAAGUGGACGAUGAGGGUUUCAGAGUAGGAAUCUCGUUUUAAGUACGAUGAGCAGUUAAUCCCCUCGGUUGAGGGCAAUCAAUGCUGCUCAUCAUA